UGUCAUCAUGCCUGAAUCUGCUUCUUCUCGCGCUUCCUCUCCUGGUGGUCCUGCCCAUAACCAAGCUACCACCAUUCACAAACCAACCUAUACUCAAGCUGUCGCUAAGCCGUAUAGGGAGGCGCUGAAGCUCAGGCUGGACCUCAAUCUUGAGGUCGAAAUCGCCAUCAAGGCAAAAGUCAAUGGCGACAUCACCCUCUCUCUCCUCGAGUAGACCACUCCAGUGGUUCUGCAGCAGCUGGCGGUUGUUUUUAAUGCCGAAUUUUGUUAAAAAGAAGGAUGUUGGAAUUAACGAAAGUCAAAUGCUCUACUUGUAGCAC